ACCGCCGAUAAACCGUAGAAGAAGAACAAUUCAGAGGUUGCGUAACGUCCGGUUGGACGGAUCUUUAAAGUGGGUGAAAGGUGAAAGAAGAAGAGUCGCCGCUGCUGUUUGCUGGUUUGUCUGAGCUGAGAUUAAACAUGCUGCAGAACUCAGGGAAGCUCGCUGGCUGCACGCUCUUCAUCACGGGAGCGAGCCGGGGCAUUGGGAAAGCCAUCGCUCUGAAAGCUGCUCGAGACGGGGCAAACAUCGUGAUCGCCGCCAAGACGGCCGAGCCCCACCCGAAGCUUCCCGGAACCAUCUUCACCGCUGCAGAUGAAGUGGAGGCAGCAGGUGGGAAGGCGCUGCCGUGCGUCGUGGACAUUCGGGACGAGCAGCAGAUCGGAGCAGCUGUUCAGAAGGCUGUGGAAACAUUUGGAGGGAUUGAUAUCUUGGUGAACAAUGCCAGCGCCAUCAGCCUGACAGGAACUCUGGAGACGCCGAUGAAGAAGGUGGACCUGAUGCUGGGAAUCAACCUGAGAGGAACAUACCUGACGUCGAAGCUGGUCAUCCCUCACCUGCUGAAGAGUCGCAGUCCUCACAUCCUCAACCUGUCGCCUCCGCUCAACCUGAACCCCGUCUGGUUCAAGAACCACACUGCAUACACAAUGGCGAAGUAUGGAAUGUCCAUGUGUGUCUUGGGAAUGGCCGAAGAGUUCAGGGGUCAAAUCGCUGUCAACGCCCUCUGGCCUAAAACUGCGAUCCAGACAGCGGCCAUGGAGAUGCUGGGAGGUGAAGGUGUUGGGAAACAGUGCCGUAAAGCAGAUAUUAUUGCAGACGCCGCCUACGCCAUCCUGUCCAAACCCAAGGACUACACAGGUCACUUUCUGGUGGACGAGGACGUCCUCAGGGAGCAUGGCAUUAAAGACUUGGACCAUUAUGCCAUCCAACCAGGCCACCCAUUGCUGCCAGAUUUCUUUCUGGAUGAAGCACCGGAGUCACUGGUAAAACAGAUGGAGGAGCACGGAGCAACACCAGCCUUCAAACCACCAUCUUCAUCAUUGGACACGCCCCUCUCUGGUGGACCAAUAGAAAACACCUUUGACAUCAUCAGAGGCGUUAUAAACGAAGACGUGGUCAAGUCGACACAGGGCAUCUACCGGUUCGACCUCUCAGGAGAACACAGCGGCGUUUGGUUUUUGGACCUGAAGAGCGGCUCUGGCAGCGCGGGUAAAGGGGAGCCCCCUGUUAAAGCUGACGUCGUUAUGACGAUGGACUCCAUUGACUUUAGUAAGAUGUUUUCAGGGAAGCUGAAGCCCACGAUGGCCUUCAUGUCCGGGAAGCUUCGGAUCAAAGGGGACAUGACGCUCGCCAUCAAGCUGGAGAAGCUGAUGGGCCGCAUGAACAAGGCCAAACUGUGAGACCGAAGCUCCGCCCACAAUGUUCUAAGGCUCCACCUCCUCAGUAUUCAUUGCUGUACAUGGAGAGCUGUUGUCAUGACGAUGGAUGGGACGUUGCCGUCCAGGAGCCAACCCUACUGUAGACAGGCUCAUAACCGGUUUGAACCAGUGCCAGCCAGAACCUGAUUUUCUUUGCCUAAUCACUGAAUGUGUUGCCAUGGUAACAGAGAAUAAAUGAAUCUGAUUCA